CUCGCCCAGAUUUCGCCACGAUUUCCGUCCGCUCUACCUUGUCGCCUACCUCGCAGCGUAGUUGUAGUCGUUUCGUGUGCUCGGCAACGCCAAGGGCCGUUUCCAUCUUGUAGUCGCGAGCCUUUGUUCCAGCACUCCCGAUCCGCGUGUCUUCGCAUCCGCCGAAGCGAAAUAAUUUUGCAGAUUGCGUAUCGCAUAGCAGCCAUGGCAUCGUCGCCUCAGUAUACUUACCCACAGCCACCGCCCCCGGCGCCGCACCAGCGGUUGCCGUCUAUCAAGGAGUUGCAUUUCGACAAGAUGGAGCAUGCGCGGCCUGCCCGCCCUGAGUGGGCACGGCCAAGUCCGCCCAACCUGCCUCCUCAGCACCAGAUGAGCAUGCCUCCGCCUCACGAGAGCCCGAAAACGCAGUAUCCUCACUCGCCCGCACCACCCAAGAUGGCAGAGCAGUAUGCUAGUUCAAACAUGCCCCCUCCCCAGCAAACGGGGCACAGCAGCAUGGGCCCCGGCCCUUCCCGUGGAGAGGCGUCUUCCCAAAAUUCCUCGAAGCGUCCGCGCUCUGGGUCAGAUGCAAGCGUCGGCGUCUCUCCUGGGCGCUCCCACGCUUCGUAUGCACCACAACACGCAUACCCCUCACAGCACCCAUCGCCCUCGUUCCAGGCAGGGCCCCCAGUCCCAGUUCCACCCCCGCACGACUCGGUGCAUCCACCGGCUCCUUUCACGCACCCCCCUCCGCCAUAUGCAUAUCCUCAUCCUCACAUGGUCCAGCGCCACUACGCAGUUCCGUCUCAGGUUCCUCAACACAUGCCGCCGCCUAACACCUAUCCUCCGCCUGUAACACCCCACGAACAUUGGCAGCACCAUCCGCCGCCUCCGCCUCCGCCGCCACCCUACGCUACUUUCUCAAGGCCUUCGGGGAUGGCCCCACCAAAUAUGGAUCCUCGAGCCGCUAUGCCACCACCGCCUAACACGGUAGAUGUGAAUGCGCGGCAGCGCCUUCUCGCCGAGAUCCACGAGCACUGCCGUGUGCUGCAAGACUUUGCUCACCACUAUGGCUUUGCAGCGACGUUGCAAGCUUCGCAACCAAAUAUCCAACCUUCUCCACAGGAGAUGCAAGACAUGAGUUGGCGGGCGAAUAUCGUUAAUCGUCUGAUUGAAGAUCUGCGGCGUACGCAAGACGGCGGCGGUUCUCGCGAUAGUGUCGCUGCGCCGAGCAACGCCACGAGUGCAACGGACGAGACCCCGCGUCCUCCAAAGCGUCCAUGGGAGGACAUGUCGCGCGAUGAGGCUCCUGCCUCCAAUGGCAACUAUCCUGAACAGCCACAGUCCCAAUACCUCGAUGUCGCAGACAAAACGACUGCCGAAGCUGACAUGGAAAUCAUUCGCAGCAAGCGUGCGACGAGCACCGGUGGCAAUGCGCCUGGUCAACCCAAGAGCAAAUAUAGGAAGAGAAGCCGCGCCACCCCUCCAGGGAAAUGCCAUUCUUGUAACAUCAGAGAGACUCCGGAGUGGCGACGUGGCCCCGAUGGAGCACGGACGCUCUGUAAUGCAUGCGGCUUGCAUUACGCCAAGCUGAUGCGGAAACGUGAAAAGGGUGCGGAUGGGAAGACGAUACCAAUUGACCUCCAAACAUUGCGUGCGUCGACGCAGUCUGCACGUGGGACUGAUCCGGAGCAGUCGCAUCCAGCCCCCGUGCAGCAGCACCAUCCGCAUCCGAACCCUAACGUCGUCCCCUACGAGCAACCGAAGCAGCAGCAACAGCAGCAGCAGCAGCAGCCUCCACCUGCGCACGCUAAUCACCAUCCCGGACAUCCCUCGCCGCACCCGCACCCGCAUGGUGCUCCGUACCAACUGAUGCCUGUCAAUUCGGGUCCGUCUCACCCUAAUUCCCAGGCGCACCAAAUGAUGCCUCCGCCUCCGCCGCCGGUCCCUGCACAGCAGACGCAUGGCGAGACUGGGCUUAGCGUGCCUCCGCCGCCGUGGAUGACGUCGUCAUCGUCGUCGUCGUCUGGUCGCUCCGUUUAUCAGUCGGACCACCAGUCGUACAUGCGAACGUCGCACCCGCCGUCACAUGCACGUGCUUCGCCCCAAUGAACGGCCAAUGAGGUAGUCCUGUGCCUGUGUGUGGCUAAACGGAGGCUUCUGCGUUGAAUCGCUCGGUCCCUUUUGUAUGCCUUGUCCGGUCAUCGUAUCUCAUGAGUUGUCGUCUUAUGUUCUCUCGUCUGUGACCUUUGUGCCUGUCUUGUCGUCUCCCUGUCGAUAUAUGCCUGUACCGUCUUGUCUCGUAAUCGACCGUAGCCAUAGCUCUCCCUAAUAAAACUGUUUUGUGCAA